CCAGGUAAACGGCCAACGGGAAGCGGCUCGCUCAGAUUUAUCAGCUCUUCCCUCCCAACAUCCUGCCGUCCUUUUCCAUCUCCACAGCUCCCACUGGCAUCACGACCUCUCUUAGGCAAGCUCAACUCCUGGGAACAUAGCCGGCCACUCAAAAUGACGUGCUCCCACUUGGAGACCCUCAGCUUGCGAGCACCAACACCCACCCAAUCAGUCUACAGAGAGGACUGCACCCAGUGCUUCGACUCCAUCGAUGACCCCGAGGGACUCGAUGUCUGCCUUCAGUGCUUUAACGGGGGCUGCACUGGCGAGCGGCACCACGCGAAGCUGCACAAUGUCGUCUGGGGCCAUCCCAUCGUUCUCAACGUUCGCCGCACCCGCAAAUUCGUCGACCGCGAUGAGCCCCCUCCCAAGAUGUCUAAGCUCGCCAUCGCCGCCGAGACCGAGACCGACCGCUACACCACGACACUAGUAGUGAAGUGUCUCGAGUGCAAUGUUGAGCUCGACAAGAAUCACGAGAAGCUGGCCAAGGCAGUCGAAGGCGUCAUGAACGCAAACACCUUUUCGCGGAAAGAGGAGGUCAAGGCCUGGGAGCAGGAGCUGACGAGCUGCGAGCAUAUCCUCCUACUCCAGCAGGAGGACGCUAGGAAGAUCGCCUCGGGUGACCUGGGCGCCUGCUCUAAAUGCGACCUCAAGGAGAACCUCUGGAUCUGCCUGCAGUGUGGCAACCUCGGAUGCGGCCGUGCCCAGUUCGGCGGCGUCGGUGGCAACUCCCACGCUCUAGCGCACGCAAACGAGUCCGGCCAUGGAGUAGCUGUGAAACUCGGCUCCAUUACCCCCGAGGGCACUGCCGACGUCUACUGUUACACCUGCGAUGAUGAGCGCAUCGACGAGAACCUAGGCGCGCACCUAGCUAACUACGGCAUCAUACUGGCUGAGCGGGAGAAGACCGAAAAGAGCUUGACCGAGAUGCAGAUCGAGCAGAACUUGAAGUGGGAGUUCUCCAUGACCACUGAGGAUGGAAAGGAGCUCAACCCAAUCUUUGGGGCUGGCCUGACUGGUCUCAAAAACCUGGGCAACAGCUGCUACCUGGCCAGUAUCCUUCAGUGCCUCUUCCAGAUGGAGUCUUUCCAGAAGAGGUACGGCCAGGUCACGCAAGACCUAGUUGGAGUCCAGGACCCCGCUCAGGAUCUCGAGACUCAGCUGCGCAAGAUUGGCGAUGGCUUGCUGUCUGGCCGCUACUCCAAGCCAGACACGGAUGUCGUGGUGUCAGAACACUCCACCGAGAUCCCCCAUCAAAAAGGCCUUCAGCCGUCGAUGCUAAAGCACUUGAUCGGCCGCGGACAUGAGGAGUUUUCGACGAUGCGACAGCAGGACGCCUUCGAGCUGCUCCAGCACCUCAUCAAAAUGAUCACACGUUCCAAGCACCCCUCACCCGCGGACGACCCAACCCUCCCAUUCCGUUUCAUCCUGGAGCAGCGACUCCAAUGCCUUUCAUGCAAGAAGGUCCGGUACACAACCAACGAGCAAGACAGUAUCUUCAUCGAUGUACCACUUGAGAAGCUCCCCGAGACCGAUGGAGGGGACAAGGACUCCAACACGGGUGGCUCUUACAAGCCCGUCACGCUUACCGAGUGCCUUGAUCGACUCACUGGGGAGGAGACCGUUGAGCUCACCUGCUCCGCCUGUGGCAGCAAGGACGGCUACGUCAAGAGGUCUCUCUUCAAGACGCUUCCCAAGGUGCUGGUGGUGAAUGCUCGAAAGAUGACCGUCAUCAACUGGGUUCCAGUCAAAGUUGACGUUCCCGUAAUUGUGAACGACGACCCAUACUUGCUGGAUCAGUACCUAUCCAAGGGCCAGCAGGCCGAUGAAGAAUCGCUCCCUGAGGAUGCUGGCCCUUCAGCAAGCGGAUCCGCACCCGCUUUUGUGCCCAACGCUGAGGCGCUCGCGCAGCUCGAAGCCAUGGGCUUCCCGCGGAAUAGGUGCGAGAAGGGGCUUCACGCCACGGGCAACGGCGACGCGAAUGCCGCCAUGGAGUGGCUUUUCCAGCACAUGGAAGACCCAAACAUCGACGAGCCCCUCUUCAUUCCAUCGGGAGGCGGUGGUAGUGCUGGCGGCGGGGCCUUCGUCGCAGAUCCAUCGUCGAUCGAGAUGCUGGGCGCGAUGGGUUUUGGCGAGAAGAAGGCUACCAAGGCGCUGAAGGAAACAGGUGGGGAUCUCGAGCGUGCCGUUGAGUGGCUUUUUAGCCAUCCAGAGGACGACGGAACGAUGGAGGCUGAGGUCGAGAGCACUGGGCCCGAGCGACCGGCCGCGGGCAGCAGCGACACUCCGGCCAAGUUCCAGCUCCAAAGCAUCGUUUGUCACAAGGGCACAAGUAUCCAUGCAGGUCACUAUGUCGCCUUCAUCCGCAAGCAGCUGGAGAAUGAGGGCAGCCUGUCCUGGGUGCUCUUCAACGACGAGAAGGUCGUGCAGGUGGUGGAUGUGGAGGAAAUGAAGAAGUUUGCAUACGUCUACUUCUUCAACCGCCUUGAUGUUACUGCCUGAGAAAGUCGUCAAAGGGAGUGAAUAGUCCUGAUUCGACUCGCUCCCUGCCCGUCACAGGCAGUCAGGGUUAUUUCGUGGGGUUGUAUAUGGCUGCGUUGCAGUUUGGAGUUCAAGGAUUGCACAAGGAUUGCAGGUUAUCGUGAACUUUGGGAGUUGUGGAGAAGAUAGACAGGUAACACGGUGGCCCAUAGCCGGCGAGUAACCACGGCCACAGCGAAGGCCGAUGUUGUAUGCAUACUACCAUGCGCCACAGAAUCCGGGAACGCCGAGGUAGCAUAUGAGCAAUAACAAGUGAUCGGCCUGGGCCUUUCUGUGAAGUGACCGAGUCGAUCACUGCGGCAGAAUGUGAGAUGAUGGCCGUGGCAGAUGAACAUACGUAGUAUUCAUUUCGCUCGAACUGCAGAAUCCAUGUCCAAGACAACAUUAUG